CCCGCUCAGGUAGGAGACGCUGUCCCACAUGUGCUACAUGUCACUCCACAGUAAAGAGAAGAAGACACACCUGGAGUUUGACUCAAAGUGAUGUGGAGAUGAAGACUCUUGAACAUCAGGGACCACAAGGCUAAUCAAUGAUCUUCCUUCAGACAGAAUCGUCCUCUCAGAGUCUAAAGGUUGAUGGUGACGGCGUCUGAUUCGCCAGGAGCAUAAAGACUAUAAAAUCUAUAAAUUGUCCCAGAGCAUCCAUUCUCAGGACUUCUCUUGGUGGAGUCAGAACACCUCCUGAAUUCUCUUCCGGUAGCAGCUUUAUUAUUUUCAAUUGCCUCAGGACUCCUUUGUAGAACCUGCUGGUGACAAGCUUUGGCAAAGGGGAUAUUUUGCACUUACCUUAAUUAAGAUGUUUUAAAAUAAUUGCUUGGGAAAUCACCAGACGCCUCCUCCUCCACCGCCUCCUGCUCUUCAGAUCCCGCGGCUGAACAUGGAUGAAGUUAAGUGCACAUUAAAGUUUUAUUAAUAGACGGUAAUGACAUUGGUGUUUGGGAGUUGAGGAGAGAACGGUCACGCCUGAAGCCGAGGUGGAGCCACCUGUUCUGGAUCAUUGGAGAUACCAAAGACUAUAUAUUUUUGGAUCUAAAAAGAUAGCUGGAGAUGCCAAAAACUGUUGUGGUCAAAAAAAGUGGACGAGGGUCUUGCUACCUAAACCAAAAGCCGUGUUGGACAUGCUAGUCCUUGUUUUACCAUGGAAACAAUUAGACAGCUGACGCCUCCAGAGUUAUGGUCAUGUUCCUCAACACCUAGUGCCAGGCGACGGCGCCUUAAGCUGAAAAAAGGUCAGUGGUUAGUGGAGUCAUGCGCUGGGAGCGAGACGGAAGGGACGCUGGUCAGAGGAAAAGCUCUGACGCCCCCUGCCAUAGCGGUGACUCCAUCCAGCGAAGAUGAUGCAUGGUCAAACUGCUCCACACCGAGUGCUUCACCUAAGAGGCGCCGAGGUCUGCUGAAGAAAUGGCUGAGUAGGAAAGACGGAGGGGGAUGCUCUGGCAGCAUCACCCCACGCAGCACGCCCAGUAACUCCCCCGCUACGCGGAAGCGUUUGACUGGUAUCGAGCCGGAAAAUAUGGUGGAGAAAGUAUCGGAGACCUUGUUUGAGAAGACUCAGAGCGCGCAGAGCCCCACGUCGCCACCUCCAGGAGCAGUGCCCACCGCCAUCCAGGGCAUUGCCCAGCUGCCCAACUCCCAGCCCGGUACACCGCUCCCGCCGCAGCUCAGCGGGAGGGCGUCUAUAUGGAACAGCAAGAAGAUCCAGAGCUUCUACAGCAUGCUGAGCCCCAAUUACAAGCAGCGCAAUGAAGAUUUCCGCAAGAUCUUCAAGAAAUUGCCCGAUUCGGAGCGACUGAUUGUGGAUUACUCCUGCGCUCUGCAGAGAGACAUCCUCCUUCAGGGAAGACUCUACCUAUCGGAGAACUGGAUCUGUUUCCAUAGCAACAUAUUCCGCUGGGAAACCACCAUCACCAUCCAGCUGAAGGACAUCCGGUGCAUUAAGAAGGAGAAGACGGCAAAAGUGAUUCCCAACGCCAUUCAAGUGUGCACCGAAAACGAGAAGCACUUCUUCACUUCCUUCGGAGCCCGGGACCGCUCUUUCCUGCUGAUAUUUCGUCUCUGGCAGAAUGCCCUUUUAGAUAAGACGCUGUCCCCCCAGGAGUUGUGGCACACAGUCCACCAGUGCUAUGGUACCGAGCUCGGCCUGACCAGCGAAGAUGAGGACUACGUGUCACCGCGAGAGCUGCUCAAUGGCCUGGGGGUCAGUGAAGAGUAUCCCGAGGGCCCAGAUCUGAGUGACACGUCUACCCGCAGCAGCCCCAAGCUGCCGAUCAUUGACUCCUUCACCUCCCUUACCAGCAGUGGAGAAGGAUUGCUCACGCCAGAAGACAUGGCCGGACAGUCGGACGCUCUCUCGGACUCUCAGUUAGAUGGUUCCUCCAGUCAGACUGUGACUCCUCUUUCGGAGAUGGCUGGAUCGGGACUGCUGGACUCCCUGCCCGCUCUAGACCUUCUCCCCGGAGAGGAACUUCCCACAGACCAAAGUAACAACUCCUCCUCUAGCUCCACACAGGACGAGGAAGCUAUUUGCCUCGGUAAAGAUGCCCUAACCUCCGACCUGCCGGGCCGACUGCACAUUAACACGGUGUAUCACCUCAGCGCGGAGCGCAUGCAGCAGGCGCUGACCUCGGACACCCGGUUUAUAACCGAAUUCCUGCAGGAGAGAAAGUUCACAGAUAUUGUCGUGAACCCCUGGGUACCGGACAGCAGUGGUAAACAGUCUCGUAUUAUCAGCUAUACCAUUCCCAUCAAUAACCCACUGGGGCCAAAAACAGCCAAUGUUGUUGAGACCCAGAUGUUGACUUACAGUCUGAAGGGGUCACUCUGCAUCCUGGACUCACAGGUGGUCACCCAUGGCAUCCCCUAUCAGGAUUAUUUUUACACCGCUCAUCGAUACUGCAUGACCAGCGUGACCAAGAAUAAAGCACGUCUCAGGGUGUCCUCAGAGAUCUGUUACCGGAAGCAGCCUUGGAGCCUGGUACGAGGCAUUAUCGAAAAGAACUCCUGGAAUGGGAUGGAGGAGCACUUUCGACAGCUUGCUGACACAAUGGUUAAAUUCGAACAAUCCUGCGUGGAGGAGCUGGGAGUCAGAGAAAAGCCAACGUUACGGCGUCGGAAGAGAACAUUGAGCUGGAAGAACCAUCUUGUAGACCCACUAAAUACCGUCAGUCCACCCCUGGACAGUGUGAGAGCGACCCGUCACUCCAGAACAUCAGGCAGCAUCUCUUCUCAGCUCUCCCACCUGUCUGACAGAGGAACGUCGCAGAACAUCCCUACGGCCCUCUUCAUCAUCAGUAUUGUGUUAUUGGUCCUGGUGGUUCUUAAUAUGAUGCUCUUUUACCGUUUGUGGUCUCUGGAACACACAGCUCGGACCUUUCAGACGUGGCAGAGUUAUGCUGUGUCCCAAGGGAGGUUUCCUCAGACAUCAGCGGAAUGGGCGGAAAUACUUGAGCUCCAGAAACGUUUCCACAACACGGAGGUCCAGAAGUGGAAGCAGACACUGCGGACGUCAGUACAGCUGCUAGACGAGAUGAGAUCUUCUUUGCAGAGACUACAACAGGGGGUUUUGUUGAAUGAUGCCACCACCACAGCAACUCAAGAAGAAGAUGCGCUGUCAUGACCCUUGAUCUUCUUACAUAAUUCCGAUGGGACACUUCUGCCGAGGAGGACACACUUCACUGAGCAGAUCCUGGAAGAGCAUUUGCUGUCGAAGACAAGUUCGGUGACAUGAGCACUUGAUAGCGUCGUAGCUUAACGCUUUGCUCUAGAGAUUGGAGGGCUGGAUACUAUUUCCCUUCAAGAAUAAGUUAACGGGAUACAAGUCUACUUGAUGAUGAGAUGUACUAUAAGCUGCAGUAUGGGGAGAAUGGAUGCUCCCUAGAGGAGAAUAAAUCCAAUUCUUACCACUAUUUAAAGAUAGAGUAUCAAAGGGAACUUAUUUUUUUGUUUUUGUCUGGGAAAUAUUAAUAUUUUUGUUUUGGAGAGAGACUCGAAAAGAAGGCAAACCUUAUAAUGUUUUGGUUGAAAUCCCUACCACCGUUGGCAGUAAAAGACUCACCGCGAUGACCUAUUUGGAAACGUAACCUUUUGAUAUGAACAUGGCCAAUAUGGAGGGCUGUGAUUGCUGUGGGGCAGGAUUCCCAUGAUACAGAGUUGGCAUUCCUAUAGUAAGGACCUACAUGACCACCUGGAAGUUGCCUUUUUGGUUUUCUCCAUAGUUCAACACACCAAGGAACCUUUCAUUGUGGUCUCGCGGAAUUGCCGUUAAAAUGAGGUGUGUCAGACACCAUCACUGGGCAUAAUGAUGUAUGCUUCAGCAUUAUGUUUGACAUUUUAUUUUAUUUUUUUCCUAAUUUCUAGAGUAGAUUCUUACAGUCUGGCCCAGGGGUCAUUUCAAUACCUCCAAAUCAGCACUGUGAUUCUAAUUUUUGACCAUGAACACAUUCCUGCUAAUGAAUCAAACGCCCGCCCCUCCCCCACCUUCAACGGAAUGUAGUUUUAUCAAGGUAUUAUUUGUAAAAAGCACUUUGUGCGGUUAUGCCGAGAGCUGAACCCUGAGUGCCUCUUUUGCAGUUCAUGAAUGUUAUCCCUAGUUGAAGCCUCGAAUUUUUCAUACUCUCCAGAGCAAACCAGCUUUGUUCUAGAAUUGUUAGGUAUUUAUUUAUUUUAUUGUAAUGAGAUGACCUCUACUCUAGCAGAAGAGGUGCCUUUUAUUAGCCAUGUUUUAUGCUCCUUAUUUCUUUCGUAAAGUAAAUCUUUUACCUACAGACCGGAAGAAGCAUCGAUCUGUGGAUCUGCAAGGGAUUUGAACUUAGCUCCCUCAGAACACAAGGGUGAACAUCACUACGGUUGCCUGGAAUUAGUGUUUAUGCAUUCUUAUUAUGAUCCUGUGUCUAUAAACAUUUAGAUAGAAUUUUUUUUUUUAUGCGUCAGGGUUAGACACAAGCUCAAUAACUUGAAAUGCAUAAGAUUGGUUAAUUAUAGAUUUGUUUUUGGCCCUCUGUAGAUGGGGACUUGGCCCUCGAAGCAACUUGAGUUUUCACUUGGCACAAAUGGCAGCAUGAUGAAACUCUCCAUGGAUCUUGUAUCACAAACUCAUUACGAUGCAUCCAUGGUGAGAUUCAGAGUAUAUUGGUUAUGUAUCGGGGAAACUCCUCUCUUAGUCCUAGCCUAACCUACACCUAUCCCUAGCCUAUUUCUUUGCAAGCUUCUGUGCAACUUAAGUGUUUGCACAAUAAAAAAGCUAAUUGUUGGGGUUUUUGCUGGUGGCAACCCAUCUUGAUCGGUUGUUUGAAGGGAGGGUGGUGCAUAAUUUCAACUCAAUCUCCUGGUAUGGCUGCCACAGGGUGGCACAUACCAGAGGUCCAUUGUUUUCAAUGGGUGUACAUGCUACCAUUUGUUUACAUUGAUCAUCCCUUCCGUUUUCCAGUUUUGAGAAUUGUGCUGGAUGCAGUUUUCACCUUUAGUGAAUAGAAGGGUCUUCAGGUAGAAACCUCCCCCCAGAACCACAAGUAGUUGCUCUACUUACUUAGAGCAUACUCAAGGCAACCUCAUCUAGAACCCAUGGCACUCAAGUGAACCUGUCCCCCUUUCCCACACACACAAAAUGUCUGCUUUCACUGUAGGUGACAGGGGCACUUUAAAUUUGACAAAGGAGCCUUCAUUGAAAACCAUUUAUUAUUGGGUCCGUUAUGUCCCUAAUUGCAUUUUUUUUUCGACCAAUGUUAAUUUAUUUUGCUGGAACACAGAUGACCUUUAUGUGCGUUUAAUUUAUUAUUCUUGUCAAACACCUGCAAAGUAUUUUAAAUUAAGUUUAUCACUGCCGCAUAUACCACUGGGGUCCUCUCUGCAGAACCCUAUGUCACUGCCAGAACCCCCAGAUUAUGUUUGUGUAUGAUUUGUAUAUGAAGGAGGCAGGAAGAGAUGUGACUUUGGGCUGGACCCAUUGAUAUUCAUGCGCGUAAAAUACCUCACCAGGCUGUAUUCGCAUAAAACAUGGAAGAUUUAAAGCUAGGACCUUUGUACUGGCACUUUAUACAGAGCUCUUCCUUAUUACAACAUAUCUAAUAGCAGGUGACUCGAAGGUUUACAAGCCUUGCUUAUCAAGUCACGGUCUUUAAGACUUGGUUUUCUAGCCUAGACCUUAAAUCCUAGGACUUAAAGCCUUGGUCUUUAAACCUAGAUCAUUAAGCUUUUAGUCUACUAGCCUUGGUCAACUAUCCUACAUUGUCAAGCCUUGGUCAUCAAGCCUUGGUCUUCAUGACCUGGUUUUCAAGCUUUGGCCUUCAAGCCUUGGUGUAGUAGCCUAGGUCAUCAAGCCUUGGUCUUCAUAACCUGGUCUACAAGCCUAGUUUGGGUUGUCAGUCCUUUUGUCUUUAAGCCGAGGUCUUCAAGACCUGACCUUUUAAGUUUCUUUAGGAUUUGGCAUAUGAAUGUAAAAAAUAUGUGAUAUUGUAUUAUUUAACCUUGUAUGAUAUUUUUGGUAUGCCAUCCCUUCACCCCAAACCUAAGCUUCAUUCUUAGGCUUUGCAGUCAAAUUAAAAUGGGAACUCCACCAGCUUCUUGGCUUUCAUACUAUUAGCCAUGUUUUCAUUUAGAAAUGAGAAGAAGUUGCCUAUUGAUGACUACUUUUGGUAUUACGGGUGGUAGCACCACUCCUCUGUAUUUAUUUUGCUUGGCCAAACCAAUAGCAAAAACAAUAAUAGGUGGUUCCGUCAAGCUCAACUAUGUAGACUGGAGGUCUUAAUUUUUUAUAUGACCAGAACAACGUCUACAUGUUCUCACCAUGUAUCCAGGGGCUUGGUGCUGCCGUUUCCUUCUCCAACCCAAAAACAUACUUGGGUGAAUUUACUUCCUAUCCAAUUGGCCCUGGCAUGUAUGUGUCUUAUAUAAGGAAAUUGGAUUGAGAGGAAGUUGCACAGAGACUAAACCCAAUGGUCAUGAAUCCACCAUGUACUGUUAUAAAUGGAAGGUAUGCAAUGGAUACAUGCUGCUCUGUGGCGUUCCCCUUUAAGAUAAUCAAGUGACAGGAUUAUAAUGUAAUGACUGUACCUUGAACCAUUUUGCUGCUGGGUAUUGCCGUGGCUUGUGUUUGAAAAGCAGUCGGAUGAACACAUCAUGCUGGGGUGCUCUCUAAGGUGCUAUCAGGUCUGUGGUUGGUAUUUCCAGUAGCAGCUGAUAGACCUCCCUUGACAACACCUGCAAAAAAAACAUCUGAUAAAUUUGGGAAGAAAUCUUAUCUCUCAUAUGUGCUGUACCUCCCUAUGACUUGAAGAUAAAAGGGUAACAGUCAUCUAGUAUUCCUAUUCUUCAUUGGCCACCUUCCCGACUCUUUUUCACACUGUAUUAAUGUUUUUUGCACAAAUCCAUGUACUGUCACUUUAAAGAUCUUACUCUGAAUAUUCUAGUAGUAUGAAGUGCAGUUGUAUAAAGGGGUUGAGUAAGGUUGGGUCCAGUUUAUGAUAAUUUUUGGGGAGUUUUGUAGUUUCCCAGAUAUAGUUGGGUUGGUUAGACACCUAGGUUGACCACAUUGGUGUCCUCCAGGUCCGACAGUUGCCCCAGGACUAUUAUAUACCACAUGAUCUAUCAUCGAUUACAUAAACAACCAGUUUGGGGGAUAAUUUUACUGAAUGGGAAUCGUAGUACUAAUUUUCAGUGGUCCCUUUCAUCAUAUUGUUGAAAGUUCAGCCCCUUUCUCCUUCUCAUACAGUUCUUCUAGCCCCUGGCAGUGCAGGUUUAGAUACACUUGAAUACACUGUGUGUGAAUAUUUUGUCAACCUGCUAAUAUUUAUUAAAAAAUCAUUUGAAAGUU